AUGGCGUCGGCUCUCUUCUUCCUCGACCUCAAGGGCAAGACCCUUCUCGCCCGCAACUACAGGGGUGACAUUCCCAUGUCGGCCGUUGAAAUGUUCCCUACGCUCCUAUCCGAUGCCGAAGAAGAAUCCUCGGCCGUGCCGCCGUGUUUCUCCCACGAAGGAAUCAACUACCUUUACAUCCGACACAAUAACCUGUACGUCCUGGCGCUGACGAAGCGCAACACCAACGCAGCCGAGAUCCUCCUGUUCCUGCACAAGCUAGUCGAGGUCUUCACCGAGUACUUCAAGGUGCUGGAGGAGGAGUCGAUCCGUGACAACUUUGUCAUCAUCUACGAGCUCCUGGACGAGAUGAUGGAUUUUGGCUACCCGCAGACGACCGAGUCCAAGAUCCUCCAGGAGUACAUCACGCAGGAGUCGCACAAGCUGGAGAUUCAGGCGCGGCCGCCCAUAGCCGUGACCAACGCCGUGUCGUGGCGGUCCGAGGGCAUCCGAUACCGCAAGAACGAGGUCUUCCUCGACGUGGUCGAGAGCCUGAACCUGCUCGUCUCGGCCAACGGCAACGUGCUCCGCUCCGAGAUCCUGGGCGCCAUCAAGAUGAAGUGCUACCUGAGCGGCAUGCCCGAGCUCCGCCUCGGCCUCAACGACAAGGUCAUGUUCGAGACGACCGGCCGCGCCACCCGCGGCAAGGCCAUAGAGAUGGAGGAUGUCAAGUUCCACCAGUGCGUCCGCCUCUCGCGCUUCGAAAACGACCGCACAAUCUCCUUCAUCCCCCCGGACGGCGAGUUCGAGCUCAUGUCCUACCGCCUUAAUACCCAGGUCAAGCCCCUCAUCUGGGUCGAGUGCGCCGUCGAGUCCCACUCCGGCUCCCGCAUCGAGUACAUGCUCAAGGCAAAGGCCCAGUUCAAGCGCCGCAGCACCGCCAACAACGUCGAGAUCAUUGUUCCCGUCCCUGACGAUGCAGACUCCCCCCGCUUCCGCACAAACAUCGGCUCCGUCCACUACGCGCCCGAGCAGAGCGCCAUCGUCUGGAAGAUCAAGCAGUUCGGCGGUAACAAGGAGUUCCUCAUGCGUGCCGAGCUCGGUCUCCCCAGCGUCCGUGGCGACGACGAGCUCGGAGGUGGCAUGAUGGGCGGUUUCGGUGGCAGCAUGGGUGGCGCCACCGGCGGUAAAGCAGGAAAACGUCCUAUCCAGGUCAAGUUUGAGAUUCCUUACUUUACCACUUCUGGUAUCCAGGUCCGCUAUCUCAAGAUUACAGAGCCCAAGCUACAAUACCCUUCUCUGCCUUGGGUCCGUUACAUUACUCAAUCAGGAGAUAUUGCCGUGCGUUUACCAGAUGCCGUCUGA